AUGUCCCUCCCCCCUCAAAUCAAACAAUGGACCACCUCCCAAGACGGCCUCUCAAACCUCACUCUCACCAUUGCCCCCCUCCCCACCCCGGGCCCCUCAGAAGUCCUCGUCAAAAUAAACACCAUCGCCCUCAACUACCGCGACACAGAAGUAAUCAUGGGCCUUUACAACCACCACCUUACCACCGGCGGCCCUCCCCCCUCCAUAAUCCCCUGCUCAGACAUGUGCGGCACCAUCAUAACCUCGCACUCGGCGCUCUGGAGCCCCGGCGACAGCGUCCUCAGCAUCUUCAAUCAAACGCACCUGAUGGGACAGAUCAAAGCGCCGCACAUGAAAAGCGGCCUCGGCGUCCCGCUACCGGGCGUGUUGGCCGAGUAUAGAGUUUUCCCCGACUAUGCAUUGGUGAGGAAACCGGCGUAUUUGACCGAUGAGCAGGCGUGCACCCUGCCGAUUGCGGGCGUUACGGCUUGGAUGGCUAUUAAUGGCAUGAGGCCGCUGGGCCAGGCCGGUGGGAAAGGCGAGACGGUGUUGAUUCAAGGGACGGGCGGGGUGGCUGUUGCGGGGCUGGGCAUUGCGAAGGCGAGUGGUGCGGAGGUGAUUAUGACUUCUUCUUCGGAUGAGAAGCUGCGCAUGGCGAGGGAGUUGGGGGCGGAUAAGACAAUUAAUUAUCGCAGCGUGGAGAAUUGGGACGAUGAGGUGCUUAAGAUGACGGGUGGUGAGGGCGUGGAUAUCAUUUUUGAAAACGGGGGCGCUCAGACGUUGAGGAGGUCGUUUAACUGUGUGGCGUUUGGGGGCUUGAUUGAUUGUAUUGGGUAUCUGUCUGGCAAGGAAGACGCGCCGGGGGAUCGGCUGAAUACAAAUGUUCUGGCAUUGAUGAGGAAUGUUACACUGAAGGGGAUUCUGAAUGGGCCGAAGGAGCGGUUCGAGGAGAUGCUUGCUUUUUAUGAGGAGAAGCAAAUUAUACCUGUGGUGGAUAGGGUCUUUGCGUUUGAGGAUUCGAAAGAGGCGCUGAUUUAUCUUUUUAAAGGUGGACACUUUGGUAAAGUUGUUAUUAAAGUCGCUUGA